UGUGUAUGGAAAUAUUGUCUUAUUGAGUGAUCGUUCUUGUUAUAUUUAUAGACAUUUUAAACUUUUGUUUGCCUAGUUUCUUCCGUUUUUGUAAAAAAUAUUGUUAAUACGUUUAAAUAUUAUUAUAAUUAUAAAAUUUAAUAAUGUCUAAUACAAUCUGUGAGUUUUGUGGUAAAGUUCGUUCUGAUAUCAAUUGGACAAAUUGGAAAAGGCACAUAAAUGCUUGUGCGAAAAAAAAUUAAAACCUAAUUAUACUGAAACGUCUGAAGCAAUAUUGAAGAAUACAAAAACGCCAUAUAGUCGACCAGAAAAAAAAAUUUCAAUGUACUUUAAAGCAAAUGUAAAAAUUCCUCAAGAAAAUGUUGAUAGUCUAUUAAAAACAGAUGAUAUCAAAUGUGAUGUUGCUAAAUUGUUAUUGAAUGCUACUGUAGUUCAUGCUGAAGAUUUAGAAAAUCAUAUAAAUGAAAAUGAAUACCAAAAUCAAACAAAUGAUGUUAAUAAUUCAAUAUCUAUUGAUGAAAUUACCGAAAAUGAAUCUAAUUCAUUAAUAAAUAAUUAUACAAUUAAAAAUGUUAAUUCUACUUCAAUUACUAUAAACGAUGGUCAUAUACCCCAAUCAAAUGUUAGUAAUUUGAAAGAUAUGGAUAAAAACAAUAGUGAUGAUGGGGAUGUAUCAGAAAAGUUAUUGGCCACUUCUGAAGUUAAUGCUGAUUUACCAUUAAUAAACAAUCAAGAAAUCAAUUUACUAACAAGAUAUGAGAACAUUGAAAACAGUGAUAAUGGAUCUGAAUUUCUAGAGAAUAUUUCUAUCAUUAAUAACUUUGAUGAUUCAGUAUCAACUAUUUUAAAUGAAUAUCAAUUUGAUACACAUAGUCAUGAAUUAGAAUCAUUAUCAAAUUCAUUUAAAUGGAAAAAUGACCCAACUAUUUUUUUAAAAAUAGCCCGUUUAACUCCAGAAAUGAUAAAUAUGAUUUUAAAAUUGGGCCCAUGUCAACCAAAAGCUAAAGAUUUACCAAAUUCUCAAUUUCCCAAAGUUGGUAACAGAUGCUUUCAUGAAGCUUGGUAUUACAGAAAGUUACCUGAUGGAACCAUGAUGCAUAGAGAUUGGUUAACUUAUUCUCCUGAUAUAAACCGAGUAUUUUGCUUACAUUGUAUGUUAUUUGGAAAGAAAAGUAAGAAAGCCUGGGUAUCAGAUGGAUUUUGUAAAUUCCAAAAUGGGUCUAUAUCCUUAAUGAGUCACGAGACUACUGAUGCACAUGUAGAAGCUUCACUUAAAGUAAAAAUGAGGGAAUUAACGUUACCAUUAAUACCAUCAAUAGUUGAAGAGCAAAAGAAACAAGUAGCCUUUAAUCGUGAAAUAGUAGGACAGUAGAUAGAAAUAACUAAAUAUCUGGGAUACCACUCAUUGGCUUUUCGAGGUCAUCGAGAACAUUGGUCGAAUAUCAAUAAAGGUAAUUUCAAAGAUUUGGUCGAGCUUUUGGCAAAGUAUUCUCCAGCUAUUUCAAUUCAUAUUUCAAAUCUUCAAAUAAGUGGCAGAAAAGAACUUUCAUUUAUAUUUUGGCAACGUCAAAAUUUACUUAUAAAUGCUCUAGCACAAGAAAUAUUAGUUAUUAUUAAAUUUGAGAUCCAAAAUGCUAAAUUCUUCAGCAUAAGUAUAGAUUCUACUUUUGAUAUAUCUAAAAGAGAACAAGUUUCAUUUGUGAUUCGGUAUACAAAAGAAGAAAAAGUAUUUGAAAGACUGAUUUCCAUCAAAGAAUCAAUAUUUACUACUGGCCAAGCUCUUUUUGAUCUGUUUAUAAAAGUUAUGGAGUACAAUCAUUUAGAUUGGAAAAGUUACUUAGUUGGACAGUCUUACGAUGGGGCAGCCAGCAUGCAAGGUAAAUACAAUGGCCUACAAACAAAAAUCAAAGAGGUAAAUCCUCAAGCAAUAUUCGUUUGGUGUGAUGCCCAUAGACUUGAUUUGAUAAUAACUUCUGCAGUUGGUUCAUGUGCUAAAGCUGUCGAUUUAUUCGGAAAUAUGGAAAAACUAUUUACUUUUAUCAGUUGUAGUAAGAAACGAAUUUCUAUGUAUCGUGAAAAACAAAAAAAACUAUAUCCAAAUGCACGUAUAAGGGCAUUAAAAAAAGUUGAAACCACUAGAUGGAUGUCUCAAGCUUAUGCUCUAACAACUGUGCUUGAAACACUGGAUUCCAUUUUAGAAACUCUAGAAGAUAUAAAAAGUUUAGAAGGACAAGUUGACUUUAAAACAGGUGCAGAAUGUACAGGGCUACUUUGUUUUUUGCAGUCUUUUAAUUUUUUAUUGACAGCACAUAUUUUUAAAACAGUGUUUGACUUUAUUGAACCUGUUAGUAGAGCUUUACAAGCUCAUAAUAUUGAUAUACUUAUGGCUAUUGAACUAAUAAAGAAAACAGAAAACAAUAUUAAAGGUUUAAGAUCUAGUGAUGUGUUUUUCAAUAUUUAUGAAUCAGUCAAAAAAAUUGCCAAAGAUAAUAAUUUUGAAUUUGAACUGACCUUACUAACAAGAAGAGUCAGACGAGUUCCACGUCAGUCAGGUGAAUUAUCUAAUGAUGAACAAAUAAACGAUCCUGUGAUGGCUUAUAAAAUAAACACAUAUUUUAUAAUUAUUGAUAAAGUGUUAUCAGAACUUAAUAAACGGUUUAAUAAUAACUCUAUUAUGAUAGCAAAGGAUCUAUCUUUAUAACAAUUAAAGUAAUUUCUAGUACUAAGAAAAAUAAAAAUAUACCUGUUGAUGCAUUUUCUUCUAUCUGUAAUAAUUAUAACCAAAUUCUUAAUAAAGAAGAUAUUGUACGAGAAUAUGAACAACUUGUAAAAUCAAAUAUUACUUGAUAUCUUUAGAUAAAAAUGUUUCUAUCGUUUUAAAUGCAUUAUCAGAUGAGUCAGAUUCAAGCAGUUCAUCUUGCUCUGUUGAUGAAAGUGAAUAUGUUAAUGAUUCUCAAAGUAUUUUGAAAACAUAUCAAAUAUUUAUUAAUAAAGGGUUACUAAACAUUUUUCCAAAUUUAUUUACUGUUUUAAAAAUUGGUGUUACAUUACCAAUUUUUAGUGCAUCGCCAGAGAGAACCUUUUCAAAACUUAAAUUAAUAAAGACAAGACUUCGUUCUACUGUGAUCCAAGAUCGCCUUGAAGAUUUAAUGAUCAUUUCCUGUGAAUCUAAUAUAAAAACGGAUACUGACAAAAUUAUUGACAACUUUGCCAUGAGGUCUUCUGUUUUGACAAAAGCUCUGACUUAUUAAAAUUGUAAGAUAAGUUUAGAUAAUGUAUUAUUAUUUUUAAAGUUAUUAUUAAUUAAUAAUAAAUAAAUAUAAUAUUUAAUAUUUAA